GCAAGUGAGCAUCUAAAUGGAAAGAGGCACAAAACGAAGAUACAAGAGCUCUGAUCCAACAUCAGACUUGAAGAGGAAGUGAGCAAAACAUCACAUUGAACAAUUACAUUCGGUUAUGAAAUCCAAAUCCAAAUCCGGGAAACAUCAGAUCAACAACAGUUACAUACACCAUCAAAAAUCUAUCCCCAAAUUGCAAAGAGGGGUUUUUGAUUGAUUUAAGGAAUCAUCUUCUAGAGAGGAGAAGGAGAGAGAAAAUGGGGUGGGGAUGGGGAAUAAUGGAAGGAGUAGUAGUAGUGGGUUCAUUAGUGUUGCUGGGAUGGGCAGGUUUAUGGUUCUUAAACCGCAGAUUAUAUAAAGAAUAUGAAGAGAAAAGGGUUCUUGUUCAGAUCAUCUUCAGCAUUGUUUUCGCCUUUUCCUGUAAUCUUCUUCAGCUUGUUUUGUUCGAGAUCAUUCCUGUACUUUCCAAAGAGGCUCGAUGGAUGAACUGGAAGCUUGAUUUGUUUUGCUUGAUUUUGUUAUUGGUGUUCAUGUUGCCAUAUUACCAUUGCUACUUGAUGCUUUGCAAUAGUGGUGUAAGAAAGGAACGAGCUGCACUUGGGGCUAUCUUAUUCUUGUUGGCCUUCUUGUAUGCUUUCUGGCGAAUGGGCAUCCACUUUCCGAUGCCUUCACCUGAUAAAGGAUUUUUUACCAUGCCUCAGCUGGUUAGCAGAAUCGGGGUGAUUGGGGUGACCGUCAUGGCUGUCUUAUCGGGCUUUGGGGCUGUAAAUUUACCUUACAGCUAUCUGUCUCUCUUUAUCAGGGAGAUUGAGGAAUUUGAAAUAAAAUCGUUGGAGAGGCAAUUAAUGCAAUCAAUUGAGACUUGCAUUACCAAAAAGAAGAAAGUCAUACUUUGUCAAAUGGAGAUGGAAAGGAGUCAAGUAUCGGAAGAGAAGAUGAAUGCUAGGUCUUUCCUGAAGAGAAUUGUUGGGACAGUUGUGAGAACUGUACAGGAAGACCAAAGGGAACAAGAUAUUAAGAACCUUCAAGCUGAGGUACAGGCUUUAGAGGAGUUGUCAAAGCAGCUGUUCUUGGAGAUUUAUGAGCUUCGUCAAGCAAAGGAAGCUGCUGCUUUUUCUCGAACUUGGAAAGGCCACAUGCAGAAUCUUUUGGGUUACGCAUGUUCAGUCUAUUGUGUCUACAAAAUGAUUAAGUCUUUGCAGAGCGUUGUCUUCAAGGAGGCUGGUUCAGUCGACCCUGUCACAAAGACAAUAAGCAUAUCCCUACAAUACUUUGAUAUAGGAAUCGAUGUCACACUAUUAUCCCAGUAUAUAUCCCUACUAUUCAUCGGGAUGUUGAUUGUCAUGUCAGUUCGAGGAUUUCUAUCAAACUUAAUGAAGUUCUUCUUUGCAGUUUCCAGAGGAGGGAGUGGAUCUUCUAGCAACGUUGUCCUAUUUUUGUCAGAAAUCAUGGGAAUGUAUUUUCUCUCAUCUAUUCUUUUGAUAAGGAAAAGUUUAGCAACUGAAUACAGGAUGAUAAUAACGGAUGUUUUGGGAGAUAUACAGUUUGACUUCUAUCAUCGCUGGUUUGAUGCAAUAUUUGUUGCUAGUGCCUUCCUUUCCUUGCUUUUGCUUUCUGCACAUUAUACAUCUCGCCAAGCUGACAAACAUCCAAUUGAUUAGGGUGUGCAUGUUUUAAAUAUCUGACAAAAGUGUGGAAGUCUCUUAUCAAGUUUAUACUACUGUUGAGCAACUGGUAUAUCAUCAUGGAAAAAUAUUGUCAGUCAUCAUACAAUAUGAUGGUAAACUCGGCCUCGUCUUUUGUGCAUAGAUACGAGAAUUUGUUCUAGAAUUAUAUGGUGUUUGGUACCCAAAAACCUUUCGGAUAUUGGUCUAUGGGAGCCUAUUUUGGAUGGCAGUAUUCCAUUGAAACCCAGUUGCAACAUACUAACAGUUGGAUAUUUCCAUGUAAGCUGUUCGAAUCACCAUUCAGACAUCAGAUGGAGGCUUCGCGCAGGAGAAACAAACUAACACAUUAAGAUUUAUUGGUGCACUGAAAAUAUUGUAUGUAUAACCUCAAUUAUUUUGAAAGAGGUGUUGCCGCUGUUGCGUCAUUAUCACGAUUUGAACACUUGAAUACAAAAGUAAUACAAGUAUUGUUAUAAUGUUUUCAAGUCAAGAGUAAUACAAGUAUUGUUAUAAUGUUUUCAAGUCAA